UUGUGCGUGUUAAGUGUAACUUAAAAAAAAAAUAUUGAAAUAUAUAUAAUUAUAAUAUUACACAAAACAAAAAAAAAAUAAUAAUAAUAAUAAUCACGAGUAGAGAUUUAGUUGAUAAGCAAGCGAAAGAAAAGAAAAAGAAAAAGUUUGGCGAGAUAGAGAGAUAGCGAGAGCGAAAGAGAGCGAGUUAGAGCGGCAUUUAAUUUAUGCAAAUGAAAAGCGCACAAAAGGCAGCAUCAACAACAUCCACAACAACAACAACAUCCACAACAACAACAGCAACGCGAAGCGACAGCAAACAAAUUCGAAAUUAAUUUGCGUUGCAUAACAAAAGAAGGGAAACUGGCGCGGGGAGCAUAAUGUGAAGCCAAAUGGAAAGCCAAAUGAAAAUGAAAAUGAAAAUGAAGUGCAAAAAGUGUCAAGCAAAAAGAAUUCAAUUCAAAAUAGCAAAGCGUUAAACAAUACGAACAACUACAACAACAACAACGACAACGACAUCAACAAGAAAACAACAGAAAAAACAACGAAAAGUCUAAGGAAAGAGAUAAAAGAUAGCAACCGAAAAGGAAAGAGACAGCAAUAGCAGCGAGUGCGGGUGACAAAAAAAAAAAAAGAGAAAAAGUGACGGUCGACGGACAUUUUGUGUGAGUGUCGCGUUUCAUUUGCGUUCCGUUUCCGUUGCGUUCCAUUACGUUUCGUUCCGUUCCGUUUGCGUUGCGUUUGCGUUCCGUUUGCGUUCCGUUUCGCUCUUCGGCUGCACUUCCAAUGGCUGUCAGUUCCUUAUGAUGGAGACAUUUCUUGUCCUGGGCCUGUGUUUUAUCCUGUACGAAGCAUUGGAUUUCUUUCAAGGCUGCAUACACAGCAACACGCCCUCACCGAGCGACCAAAUCGAGGCCUAUCGCCGCGAACUCGACGAACAGCGCCAGCAGCAGCAGCAGGAACAAUUCCUGGCCGGUCUCACUCCACUGCUGGGCGCCCAAUUUGCCGCCGCAGCCGCCGCUGCCGCUGGCUCCCAAUCGACGCUCAGCAGCACCACGCCCACCGCCUCCACGGCGAGCGUCAUCAGUGAUUCGUACGAACAAGAGAACUCUCAAUCCCAAUCGCAAUCGCAAUCGCAAUCGCAGUCCCAAUCGCAGUCGCAAUCACAGCAACCGCAUUCGUUGAGCACUCCGGGAUUGUUUCGACCCGCUGCUCUGGGUUAUUACGAUCCUGAGGAUCCGUUGCAUGCCACAUCGUCGCUGCCACGCGACUAUUACUAUCUGCAGCAGCAGCAGCUGAAGAACAAGGCCAGCUCCAAGUCGCUGCUCUCAAAGUUCUCCUCCACCAACUCCGACAAUCGCAUCCAUCCCGAGGCCGCCCACGGUGUCCUGGGUGUCCCUGCAUCGGCGGUGAUUACCACACAACCGUUGCCAGUCGCUGGGGAAUCGGUGGCUAGCUUGGGCCUCUUCGAUUGCCAGCCACAGUUGGUGCCACUGCUGCCCGGUUCGCCGCUGCUGCUCGAACUCAAGCGAGCCAUCAUCAGCACGAACAACUGCAACGGCAUUCAACAGCAACAGAAGUCGACGCACUUCAACGAGGACGAAGAACCGCUCAGCGACAACGACAACGAUAACGUUUGUCCGCAGUGCGAAGAGGAGGAGGACAACGACGACGAAGACGAUCUAUCCAUUUGUGGCAGCAGUUCCAACGGCUCCAGUUCGAACAACUCCAACUCGUGCAACUCACCAGCUGGUGCCGCAAAUAGCGAACCGAAUAUUUGCGCUGCGGCUGCCGCAGUUGCACAGCAGCUGCCGCGCAUUCAUCACAUUGCCAUCGACGAUAUUGGCAUCGGCGGCAUCGGUGGACAGUCAGCGUCCAGUGGCGAGGCAAGUCACAGCCUGGCCACAGCGAGUUCCAGCUCCAGUUCGCACGCCGACUUUCGGGAGAUCGAGUGCGAGCGACUGCGACGCAAGUGCGUGAGCGUAAAGCGCAUCUAUAGCAUAUCGGAAAAGUUCUAAAUCAAAAUCCAAAUCCAAAACCAAAUCAAAAUCGCAAAACUCAACUCGUUCUCAUUCUGUACAAAUCCAAAAAAAAAGCAAAAACCAAAAUCAAAAAUCAAAUAAAGCGCAAAGAUCUCACCAUUGCACCCCAGCAAAAACCAAAAAGAAAAAACAAACAACAAAA